GAGGACACAAGGUGACCAUGGAAACGGAAAUAGGAACUUUGAGAAACCCGAGAGUGCAGGUGAGAUCUAGCCCUUAGGAUUAGACCGCUGGUCGUGCUCAGGGGAACACUCUCUCCCUCUCACCCUGCGACACGGCAGUGUGCCGCCGACCCCCGUCGCCUCGCCAUGGACCUGUCUUCUCUCCUACUGUGUGGGCUGGCCGUCAGCUGCCAUGCUCAGAUGGAAGGCCGGAUAGUGGGCGGCUACGUCCCAACUCAGAACUUCAUCAAGUACAUUGUCUCCAUCCAGACGACCCAGGGGCGUCACUUUUGCGGCGGGUCGCUGGUCAACAAAUACUGGGUGCUCACAGCAGCCCACUGUGAUGUUGGGGCAGAUAACAUGUUGAUAGUGGCGGGAGAUUACUCCCUGUCCAUGUACGAGGGGACAGAGCAGUUCAACAUACCCCAGCUGUUGAUACCACACCCUGACUACAUCGGCGAGAACAACAACGACAUAAUGCUCAUAAAGUUGAAGGCGCCCGUGAACCUCAACAGCUACGUGGCCAUCGUCCCUCUGCCCAUGCAGGGCUCCAGCGUGGCGGAUGGCCGGUUGUGCCGCGUGUCGGGCUGGGGCUUCACAGGCUCCGAGCUCCCCUCCAUCCUCAGGACCGUCAAGCUGCCCAUGGUGUCGCUGGAGAGGUGUAACGGCAGCACCUCUUACGGGGGCAACAUCACGGACAACAUGAUAUGCGCCGGGUUAAGCUCUGGCGGGAAGGAUGCCUGUAAGGGAGACUCCGGGGGUCCCCUGGUGUGUGAAGGCAGGCUGUAUGGCGUUGUUUCCUGGGGUAAUGGCUGUGCCCAGGCUGAGUUUCCUGGAGUCUACACCGCCGUGGCCAAAUACCGCAGAUGGAUAGACCGCACCAUCUUCAACUACUACAGCAGAUGCAAGUAUUAGUAACUGUACAUUUGAUCAGGAACUUAUAGCAGUUAAGGACAUCUUAACUUCAGGUCUCCGAUUUAAUUGAGCCUUUCUUGUUUUUUUUUAGCAUAAUUCAUUUUCCCUUUUUUAUGUGUUGCAUAUUUAAACUUCAAUUUUUAUCAGGUGUAGUAAAUCAUUUAAGCUUUUCUGAAAUGACUUGAUGAAGUUGUUUCAUGAAUUGGUAGACAAUUGUAUAUGCAUGAAUGAGGAAUUCAUGUAUUCAUAAAUGAAUAUAUAUGAUCAAAUAUCCCUGUGCCAUAUUUACCCUUAUAAUGCUAUAUACUGACAUGCAGUGGUACAUAACAAUGUAGGCAUUUCUUGAGAUGUUCAAAACCAUCCAAACAUGUUUUCCUUUGGGUGUUCUUUCUCUAUCAUCUAACCCAUAAAUUGUUUUUGGGAUGCAUUCGUUGGUGCAUAGAAUACAAAGACUCUCUAACAAAUCAAAUGUCUAAUAUGGUAGCCCAUGGGUUUGGGAUGGUAUUUUGCUUCACAAUUAAUCAAACAAACAUGACUGAAUGAUGACUGGAAUCAAAGACUGCAUAAAAACCUUCCCAUAUAUAAAUAUAUAUAUAUACAGAAAUAUAUCUUUUUAUGUUUAAUCUUUUCAAUAAUCAUUAAUAAAAUAUCGCUCUCUCACAUCUUAAGACACAGUUGCUCCUUAAGCACUUCUGAACUGGAUUUCAUCACCAGUCCAUCACAACAUCACAUCAACAAGAAGGACAUACACAGUAAACAACGGCAUCAAUCCAUCACACACAGAGUUUUGGUCCAAAUUAGUCCAAAAAGUGCCAUUGUGGCCAUGCAUCUCUACUGAGGUGGGGAAGAAGAUGAGGAUACAUGAUAGUCGUUCGACGUUUCAUCAACAUUUCACCCUUUCUACGUUUGUGCGUGUCUAUUACCCAAACAAAUUUUUCUAAGUAAAGGAUUUCUGCCAAUU